AUUCAUUCAUUCGUCGAUCGCCGUUGGUGGAAGUAAGACGUGUGACGGUUUGAAUCGUGUUCCGUUUGAGGGUUUCAACACUCCAUUUUGGAUUUGCAAGUAGUUUUUAGUAACAUCUUUUCGCGCUUUUCAAUAAUCAAUUGUACCCGGAUAACGUCGGAAAUCACUUGGAUUGUGUGCUUUUCUGACACCGCCAAUUCAGAACGAUGGUUGGAUCUAGAGUGUACGUAGGAGGAUUGCCAUACGGGGUGCGAGAACGGGAUUUGGAGCGGUUCUUCAAAGGCUACGGAAGAACCCGAGAUAUUCUCAUCAAAAAUGGAUAUGGGUUCGUGGAAUUCGAAGAUUAUCGCGAUGCAGAUGAUGCCGUCUAUGAGCUUAAUGGCAAAGAACUGUUGGGCGAAAGGGUGGUAGUUGAACCUGCUCGGGGAACAGCAAGAGGGCCCGGAGGACGUCGAGAGCAUGAACGUUAUGAUCGAUACGAUCGUCGCGGUGGCGGAAGUCGUUAUGAUAAGAACAGCUCACGAUACGGGCCACCCCUACGUACCGAAUAUCGGCUGGUCGUUGAAAAUUUAUCAUCUCGAGUCAGCUGGCAGCCAUCAACUGGUUCACGAGGCCGGUAACGGUGACCAUGGUUGGUCGGCUCCACACAAACAACAAAGAGCCGGGAGAAAACAACACUGUUUCAGUUUGGCUUCCGAGUGUAAUCCUCUUUCGCUGGUCGUGCUCCACACACUCGUUAUCUGAGUUCACACGAGCUGCACCGGAAUGGGCACCAACAACAUAAAGAUCAUCUGUGAAAAAUACUAGAAAAAUCUGUAGUUUUUUUCAAGCUUUGUUUUAGUGUUGAUGAUUAAUUAAUUACCUUAAAGGUGUUGUAAAAUCCGGAAGCUACUUUUAAUUACUUAAAAUCUGUUAUGAAAAAGAAUGAGCUGCAUAAAGAAUUGUUAAGAUUAAAAUUUGAUACAUUCGUAUGAGACUGAUGUAUAAAAGUAUCUUAAAAGUUAUUUUUCAAUUUAAGGAGCUAAGUGGGGUUAUUUUGAACAAAAUUAUUCAGUUUUUAUACAAUAAGCUCAAACAAGUAGCUCUUUAAUGUUCAAAUUCUGGAAAGUAACCAACAAUGAAUGACUGGUUUUCAUUUAUAAAUUGCAGCUUGUGGGCGUGAAACACUUGUUCAUAAUCACCCCGUUUGUUUAUAAUUAGUCCCUUGUCUAUGGGGUAUUUAUAAACACUGUUACGAUUCUUGUUUUAUGAUGACUUUUGAUAUUGGCUAUGUUCCUAGACUGAAACCACAUCUUAGUGAGAUUUGUUGAUUUUUGAAAAUUACUGUUGGCAAGUUAUGGCUUAUUUUCAGUUUUACAUUGGUGGGAGGUAUCUUUUCAUAUAAUCACGGAUCUACAAUUCUGAAAAACUGAAAUGUUUUUCCCUUAAUUCCAAGAUGUUUAUCGUUUGUUCGGAAUUACAAGGCAACAGUUUAGAAGGAAACGAGUUUUUGCACUAAUUUAUUUAAACGGCAGAAGCUUAUUCCUCCUCUCGAAAAAAGCUUAUUGAACGAGCUGUUAGUAUGCCUGUACAAUAUAUCAAUUAUAUAUACAGAUUUUGAAAACAUCAGAAUUACAUUUAGUUGUGCAUAUCGUGGGUAACAUAGAGCAGUUAUUCCGAUAUCAGUGUUAAUCGAUUGCUAGCCUUUAAAGUUCUCGUUCGCACUAAUUGUGGAAAUCGGGGAGUUUCAAAACGAUCGUAAACCGCUGAAAACUGAAGGCAACGUAAGCAACAAAACAAAAGCUAGAAGAGGCCACAUAUGGUGUUCCCGGUGGCGCGGCGGAUUGGCAUGAAGAACUGAGUCUGGCACGCAUUGGAUCAAUGGCACACAUCGCAGAGAUAAUCUAUGGAAUUGAGGCACACAAAUCUCGCUAGGAAGGUAUCGAAGCACCAAAAUCCUAUAUGUCUAGCAACAAAAAAACUGACACUAGCCUGCUGAUCCGGAAACAAAGAAGACGUGUGGAAUGGUUCACCAUUAUCAUGGAGAGUAAAACAUGAACAAGGCUCACCGAUUAACACUGAUGAACGGUUCUGUUCCUCAAUGACAUUAUGCAUGCAAUGCAUUGGGCAGUAGUUGUUUUGAAACUGUAACCUUCCUUUGUUUCUCCUAACAAAAUACUAAACUCCUAAACUCUUCUUCCCUCGUUAAUCCUCAGUUAAUGUAAAUGUAAAUUAUAAAAGCUUAUUUUUACAAUUAAAAAAAACCGUUGUCAGAUGCUAGAGGAAGCACCAAUGUAGUAAACAAAUAUUAUUGUUAUCUUUUCCUGAAGGCAACCCUCCUUUCAUAGACUGGGGUUUGCGGAGAAGAGACAGACAUAGACAGGAAGACCUUUGGCAAUAUUCUCGGCUUGUCAGAGCAUUCUGGACCAAGGCAUAAACGGAAACCGAAAGGAGAGCUUCCUAAAGCCUAAACAUUGCGCGUCCCCAUGCUGUUCAAUGGCCUGUGUCCCCUUUUUGGCGAACCAAGAAUGGAUCCGGCUUCAUCUCCGAUGGAGCGAUCUCAAUACGAAUUACGGUCAUCGAACUUUACUCCUUUUGUACGGUCCUCACUGUUGAGUAAAUAUCCGCGCUACCAAACAAUCGACGGCUCCAUUUUACGAUAAGCAAGCCAGCCGCGUAUGACGAUAUGGAAGGAAAUAUGAUCGUGUUCACCUAACGGACGUCCACUUCUCGGUGUCGGCUCCAACCGUUUCAAUGGUUCUGCAGUUAUCCAUCAGAACAAAGUACAGUCUUACAAAUAUGUAUUAUUUAAAAAAAAUUGUUUAAUGCUCUUGCAAUAAAAAUUACAUUAAUUUUCUAAA